AUGGAUAGACUUUUUUCGGACCCAAGUCUGUUAGUAUGCCCAGAUUUCAUGAGCGUGUGGUAUCAGGCCACACGUAUGGCUAUGAUCAUGCCUAACGUUACCGAAGCUCAAGCAGUUGAGAUGUUAUGCACCACUUGGGUACUAACCAAUGAAGAUUUGUGCCUUCAAUGGCAAGAACAGGUAGUUGAAGACGAACGACUAAGUGCUAAACACAAGUGCUUAGCUGACAAAGAAGCCGAAUGUGAGCGUCUGGCUCUUCAGCUAGAGGAAAACACAGCACAGGUGGAUGAGAAGAAGAAGAAUCAGUCCAAACACUCUACAAUUACCUUGAGGCCCUGUCCUUUCACAAAUGAUGAGGAGGCCUUAGUAUCAGAGUUCGCCUUGCAAAAGAUAGAUAGCGGGAAGUAUGUCGAGCUUUACUACUGGAUGAAUCAAGGACUCGAUGAUGCAUUAAUCAACUAUUGCACUCGGGAUGAUGACAGUAUGGUGCCAUCCAUUGGGGAAGAUGAUUCUACAGUAUGGGUUAGUGCAGCAACCUCAAAGCCUGCAGCAGGAGUCAUAGCAGAUAGAGAUCUCUCACCAGUAGACUUUGCCCAGGCUAUUCUGCGCAUAAUGGCAGCCAUUGAAGAAUGUGACUGGACUAAGCAGUGUGUCUUGAUGCUUGCUCAAUUCUGGGGAGCUAUCAUGCUCCAUCGUUACUGGAACUCCAAUGAUCUGUUAGCUAGAUGUGCGAUUCUUCUCUAUCAAGAAGAGCAGUGUCGUGCUUGGCAUAACGCCAUCCUUUCAUCCAAUGGUGCAUGGGACAUAUCCAUCAUAGAUGAACCCACUCUUGUACGAACAUUCGAACGCAUCUAUCGAGCUUCACUCAUACGUGUUACAGUGCCCCACUCUUUUUCCCAUCAUCACUGUGGACUCCUAUAUGGCUGUACUUCUAACGCUUCCUUUUCACUGCACUGUUUCCUCAUGGUCUCCCUUAUCUUUGACUCAUACCUUGUUUUCCCAUGA